AUGGCGGCUCGAAAGAUUAACCUGCGCGUCAUCACCCUCUACUCGCUCGCGGUUCUGACGGCCUCGUUCGUCGUCCCGAUGGACCACCCCUUCAUCAAUGGCCAAGCGACAUCGGUGAGCGCUCGCUCGGUCUUUAUUAUCGCCGUUGUCGAGGCCGGGAUGCCAAAGCUUGCCCACUUCUUUAACGCCGUCUUCACCUUCUCCGCCUUCACCUGUGGCGUCAACUCCAUGUACGUCGCUACCCGGGUUCUCCACACACUUGCCCUUCGUGGCCAGACCGGCCCGGAAUUCAUCACCAGACGACUGCGGGCGUGUCGCUCGGGCGUGCCAGUCAGGGCUGUCCUGGCCACUGGCGCCCUGAUGAUGGUGGCCUACAUGGGGCGCUCCGGUGCGCCCGGUACGCGGCUCGACGAGCUUGCGAAUAACUGCACCGUGUCAUGCCUGCUUGUCUACGCAACCAUCUGCGUGACAUACCUGUGCUUUUUCAGGACUCUUGAAGACGCCAAACAGUACGGGAACACGUCCGAGUCCCAGGCAGCUAGUUAUGAUCGGAACCACCCGCUGUACCCGUACAAGUCCCACGGCCAGUGGCUGAAGGGUUGCUACGGCUUGGUGGCGUGCAUCAUCCUAAUGCUCUUCAACGGCGUGGCCGCCUUCAUCAAGCCGUUCAACAUCCACAAGUUCGUGGCAGCAUACAUUAGCUUGCCCAUAUUUUUGAUCUUGAUCUUGGGAUACAACAUUCGCAAGCACCGGUUGAGGUUUUCUGACUGGUGGUCCGACAAGUCCGGUGACCUGAGCAAUACCGUGCAGGCAACAAGCCUGAAGCGGAGGGGGAGGCUCGAGUUCCCGGAUAGCGGCGUGACGAGGGAGAACCUGCUGACCUUCCUGGAGUGGGUCUGGGUAUGGCUGAAGUGA